CCCGACCCCAGUUUCCUGCCACAUCCCUCCUCACUUCAUGACUCGAGUUCUCCCCAUUCUCCCCAUACUUCCCCGCCCUCCACGAAUCUGACGCCCUGACCACAUCGACCUGAGUACGAUCCAAUUCGCCAGUAACCGCGAUUGCAUCGAGUGCCAAUCGAGUGCGCAGCAGCCAGCAGCUUGUGAUUGCGUCUUCUCUGAGCUCUUCUUCAUCGAAUUGCGGCCGACACUCGCGGGGAACAGGCAAGAAAAGGUUGGCUGAAUGGGCAGGCCAUCAUGUUGGACGGCGGCAGCUCAUGAAAGUCUCCAGCCGAUUUGAAGGGUCGAUAUGCGGCACCAUCUUCUUGCAUCGUCCGUCGUGGAAUUGGUCUGCCAUUGCCGCCUCCGCAACCGCAAUUGCUGCCACCAGUUCCGUGUCGCAAACCACAGCAUCCAUCCAGCUCGGUGACCAAGGCAGCGGACGAAGAAGACAGGUUGCGACAGCAGGCCUCGGCCCAGUACAACAACGACGGUGCUUCCACGGCAGCUGGAGCUCACAAAGUGGUGGCCUUGUCGAUGGGGUCGCGAGGAGACCCAUAGGCGGCUCCACCGGUUGCCCGCUACUGACCACCCCAUCCCUGCGGGUAACUCCCACCAGUCUGUCCGGCACGAACAGCAGACGAGCACUCGACUCCAACUUCUUCCGCUAUUCGGUCUCUGCUCCCCAAAAGCGGAGCCACACGGCGGCGGCGGCGGCGGCGGCAGCCCCGGUCCCUGACCCCGUUGCCGCAGCUGCCCCCGAACCCAGUGCCGAUCAGAAGCCCGCCGACUCUGUCUUCUCGGCCCCAUCCGCGCUACAUGACGAUCUAUCGACCGAGUCCCACUCGGGCGCAAACCCACAAUCACAAGAGCUGCCCGAAUCCCACAGUGCGAAGCUCGGUCAUCUCACCAAAGAAGAGCUGCUUGAACUGGUAGAUCCCUAUCAUGAUCUAGAUGGAACGGUCGAAGACUACCUCAAGUUCAUUCGCGAUCCUUACAUGCAUAAUUAUGCGCCCGCUGAUAGGCCCCGGUUCACCUUUGUACAAAAUGAAGAUGACUACGAGUAUCCAGGCCCGGACGAAGUGGUUGGACUGGACGAAUUUGGCCAACACACACUGAGCGAUCUCAGGUUUGCUGUACUCGUGCGGCUGCGCACUCCACACAAGGUUGACCUUGACACGAUCUACGACCUCUACCAGCAACUGCCGGAACCGCGCAUGCCCUACAUCAAUGGUCGAUUGCGACAUCAGCUCCUAAAAGCAUUAGGGCAGCCUCAGCGGAGAAACUCCAAGUCCAUGCUGCGGUACUUCGCCGUCAUAGCGGAUGUGAGGAACUGCAGCAUGCCCUUGACGGCAGGGGAGUGGAAUUGCGCCAUCUCUUUUGCAAGCCGAUAUGUUGGCACUGUCACCGAAACUCAGGCGCAGUCUGCCAUGAGACUGUGGCGCGAGAUGGAAGUCGACGCUGGCAUCAAGGCGACCGAGGUAACCUUCAACAUUUUGUUUGAUGUGGCCUCGAAGGCUGGCAACUUCACUCUCGCUGAAAUGAUUUACCAAGAAAUGGUCAGUCGUGGGCACUAUUUCAACCGCUAUCACCACGUAAGCUUGAUCCAUUUCUUUGGGCUCAAGAGGGAGACUGGUGGACUGCGCGCCGCGUUUCGGGAGAUGGUUGAGGCCGGCGAGAUGAUUGACACGGUUGUCCUCAACGCCGUCAUAUCUGGACUGUUGCGAUCGGGCGAGGAAGCAGCGGCCGAGCGUAUUUAUGCUCGCAUGGUGGCUUCUAUCGCGAAGUGGUCGGAGGUGUCAUUCCCAACCCGGAGCUAUGCCAGCGAUCGCGCCAUCACCCAGGCGCUGAAGAUGAUGGCCCGGGUUGCAAAGAAAGCUCCCGAGUUGCAACACAGCUUUCAAGAGAUGGUACCAAUGCAUCCGAACCUUCGGACGUAUAGCAUUCUGGUCAAAUAUUACGGCGUUCGGUGCGGAGAUCUCUCCCGCGUGGCCAAGUACAUCGACGAUAUGAAGCUGUUUGAUAUCCCUGUUCACGGCUCCAUCUUCAAGGUUUUGUUCAGAGCUUUUGACCGUCAUGGAGGUUACGCAACUUCAGCAUGGAGCGCGAGGCGGUUAGAAUCAAUCUAUUCGGCCCUGCUAGAAGCCAUAGAUGCUGGACGCACACUUAUUCAUGACUCGGCCCCUCCACCAGUUGACGAGGCAGCGUUUACUGAUGAUCAAGCUCAAGAAACCCAAUUUCAUGAGCCAGUUCAGGUCCAGCAAGAUCAUAUCCAGGAGGAACACCUUCCUGAUAUUUACGACGAUGAAGCUGAACUCCCCUUCGAAGAGGAGGAGUACCAACAAAAGAAAGAAUGGGGUGUCGACCGGCCAGGCAUAGAGAUCAAGACCUGGCUGGCCAUUUGGGUCCUGCGCGCAUUCAUGCGAUGCACAAACGGCGACAGAGUCGUCGAAGUCUACGACCAACUCAGGGCCCGCUGGGAGCUCAGUGACAAGGACGAGUUAUUCAUGGCGGACUUUUUGUCUUCGCUGCUCAUCAACGGAUCAAGAAGAGGGAAAUGGUAAUACAGUACAAACACAUCACGACAGAAUAUUGAGACAGACACAGAGACAGACAAAGAGGUCUGGCAACGGGACACAGAACGUCACGGACACUACCAUGAGCUAAUGAUGCUUAGGCACAGAUUUUACAUAUUUACAGAGAGUUGUUGUUGCUUGUGUUCUUAUUUCUUUUUUUUUUUAAUCUCUUUUUAUAAUGGCGUCGGUGAUGGUUGGACGUCAAAUGUUUCUUGUAUAUUGCUUUCUUCUUUUUCUGUUUUCUUCGCUUACCAUAGACGCGGACCAGUCGCGUAAUAUCUAUGGGCAUUUGCAUGUUUGCGAACCAGAAGGGCACGCUUAACGAGCCGGAGUUUGGACUCUGAAGAAUAUUUAUGUGGAACUCCGAAGAAUAUUUGUGUGGUUGCAUGAAUGAUGGAAGUUAAAGGCAGCAUUUCAAGUGAGGGACAACCACCCACCAUUAGACUGGCCUUCGGUUCUCUUAUUCACUCUUGAAAAUGUCUUCGCUGUAGCUUACAAAAGCUGGUAUCAUUAUAUGCAUAGAACUUCCAACUCCCUUCCCGACUUCCGUACCUACUACAGUCCAAUCCCAAGUAUCUCACAUCAUUAAAC